CCUCUCUCCUCCAGUUACCAGCACACAGAAGCACACAUACGCUCACAUACAAGCAGUUGGACAGAAUCUUCCCCUCCCCCAAGCCCUUUUUCUGCUGUCUCUCUCACAGUUGCAUUUUGAAAAAAAAAUCCCUGCAUCUUGCAUUAAAAGAAGGUUUCAUAUUAUAGAGUUGCUUAUAAACAGCACGCAGCAUCCUUUUCUUUUCCCCAUCACACACUUUUUAGUGUGCCAGUUGCACGACUGAAGGGACGCAUUGGAAUUAACCUAAGAAGCAGAGGAAAGACGGCUGGGGGAAGAGGAGGUGGAACACCCCCCUUCUCACGAUACUGGACCUGAAAGGAGAUGAAGAUACCAUCUCUACCCCCUCCACAUGGGGUACAGACUGCUCUGGAGGGGGAUGGAGGUUCAGCAUUGCUUUGUGUCGGGUAAAUACGGAUGCAGUCUUGUCACACUGUAUGGGCUAGACAAAAGGCUUGGAGGGCGAAGAUACACUGACACAUGUCGAGUAACAGUGCCGCCUCAUCAUGCUGAUCAAGGAAUAUCGCAUUCCACUACCCAUGAGCCUCGAAGAAUACCAGGUUGCUCAGCUUUAUAUGAUCCAGAAAAAAAGUCGAGAGGAAUCCAGUGGAGAAGGAAGUGGUGUGGAAAUUCUUGCAAACCGCCCUUACACAGAUGGUCCUGGGGGUUGUGGCCAGUAUACACACAAGAUUUACCAUGUGGGCUCACAUAUCCCUAGCUGGUUCCGAGCCCUACUGCCAAAAGCUGCCCUUCAGGUGGAAGAAGAGUCAUGGAAUGCUUAUCCAUACACCAGGACGAGGUAUACAUGUCCAUUUGUAGAAAAGUUCUCCAUUGAUAUUGAGACAUACUACAAACCGGAUUCUGGUGAUCUGAGCAAUGUCUUUAAUCUUACUUCAGCAGAAAAGCGACAAAGGAUAGUUGAUGUUCUGGAUUUGGUACGUGAUCCAAUUUCCCCAAAUGAGUACAAGCCAGAGGAGGAUCCCAAACUUUAUCGCUCUAUCAAGACUGGGAGGGGGCCGCUGAAUGAAGAGUGGCUGGAGGAGGCCAAAAGGAGCAGUUGCUGGGCACCCAUCAUGUGUGCCUAUAAGCUGUGUAAGGUGGAAUUCCGCUACUGGGGAAUGCAGUCAAAAAUUGAACAAUUCAUUCACGAUGUUGGUUUGAGAAAGGUGAUGUUAAGAGCACACAGACAGGCAUGGUGCUGGCAGGAUGAAUGGUGUGACCUCAGCAUGGAGGACAUCCGACAGCUGGAGGAGGAGACAGCUAGGAUGCUGGCACAGAAAAUGGCCAAAUUUGCAGAACCCAGUCAGGCUGAAAUGGCCCCAGCAAGUCCAGAAGUCAGUGACAGGAGCAGCAAUCUGCUAGAGGCAGGUAAUAAGCCUGUAGACCAGAAUGGUAGAGAAGCAAACACUCCAGAGGAUGGCCUGACAAAGCAGUGGUCCACAUCAUCACGAUCCUCACAUUCAUCACAGCAUGCAGGUGGUGUUUCUCCACAGAGUUUCUCAGAGUGGCGAAUGCAGAAUAUUGCUCGGGACUCCGAAAACAGUUCAGAAGAUGAGUUCUUUGAUGCCCAUGAAGAUUUUUCUGACAGCGACGAGGUGUUCUCCAAGGAAAUUACCAAGUGGAACUCCAGUGAUUUCAUUGACAAAUUUGAGACAGUGGGAGAGAAUGAGGAAAGCCAAGGUGAUCUACCAAGAGUCCGGAGAACUUUUUCAAGGGAAGGCCUACGCACAGCAGCUGCAUUUCCUGAGAGUGGCUCAAUGGAGAGUGUCAGUGAGGGGUGCAAAAUCCAUGUGCUGAUCUUGAUUCUUCAUGGUGGUAACAUCCUUGACAAGAGUGGCGGUGACUUAAAUUCUAAGCAAGGUGACCUGCAGACGCUGUCUUCAGUUUUUGACACUGUUAUGAGACUGCACUUUCCUGAAGCCCUGGGUCACAUAGCUCUCAGACUGGUUCCUUGUCCCCCAGUAUGUGCUGAGGCCUACUCUUUGGUUUCCAAUCUCAGCCCGUACAGCUAUGAUGGCGAUUGCCUGUCUAGCAGUCAGGAUCACAUACCAUUGGCUGCUCUGCCACUGCUAGCUACAUCAUCUCUGCACUACCAGGAUGCUGUUUCCAUGGUGAUCACUCGAGCCAACCAGGUCUAUCAUGACUUUCUUCGCAGCAAGGAGGGAAUGGCUUUUAGGGGACAGGUGGUCUUAAUUGGAGACUGUGUUGGAGGAAUCCUGGGAUUUGAUGCUUUAUGUCAUACUGGAUUGGCAGGUCCUGGAAGCAGGGAAAGUAGCCGACGUGGCAGUAUGAAUGACCUUCUGUCACCAGGGAUUUACAUUGGGAAGGAUCCACUAUGUGACACCAGCUCGGACUCCUCCAGGUGUGUUAGCAGAAGUAAUGCAGAUGUGUCAUGUGGAGGGGCAGACACUGAACAACAGCUGGCACGGAAGAGAAGUGACACUUCCUCUCAUGAGAUGGACUCAGUGAAACAGCAUCAGGCCUUCCUAUCCAGUCUGCAGGCCAGUGUGAUAAAAGGAGAUUCAGAGAACAGAAGAACCAGUAGCUCUUCAACUGUAGAGGGUGAAUGGGCAGGAAAGCUGGACUUCGAAGUUACUGAUUUCUUCCUUUUUGGAUCCCCUCUUGGACUCGUGCUAGCACUGAGGAAAACAGUAAUGCCCACACUGGAUGUGUCACAGUGUCGGCCUGCAUGUCAACAAAUCUACAAUUUGUUCCACUCAGCGGAUCCAUCAGCCUCUCGCCUUGAACCCCUUCUUUGCAAGAUAUUCCAUGCUGUGCCUCCAUUUAGUAUUCCACGCUACCAGAAAUAUCCCUUAGGUGAUGGCAAUACUGCACUGCUAGCAGAUGCUGUACAAGCUCAUGCCUCUCUCUUCGUGGAUGACCUGGAAGUGGCACCAGUGACAACACCAGGAGUUGGAUUUGCUGGGUUCUGGCGGACCAGUGAAGUCAAUGCCUCAAGUGAUGUCACAGGGCAGACAGGAAAUAACAAUGAAAUCGUCAAAACUAUAGAGAAAUGGUGGGGUAUUAAACGUACAGAUUAUGCUCUGUACUGCCCAGAUGCUCUUACAGCGUUCCCCACUGUUACACUGCCACAUCUCUUCCAUGCCAGCUAUUGGGAGUCUACAGAUGUAGUGGCUUUCAUGUUGCGACAGUUCAUCCACCAUGAGAGCAAAGCUCCUUCCAGUUAUGAAGAAGCCUCAAUAUACAGCCCUCCCAUCCCUCAAGAGAAAUGGCAACGCAAGAGAACUCAAGUAAAGAUUCGGAAUGUGACAGCAAAUCACAGAGCGAAUGAUGCAAUAGUUCUAGAAGGUGGAGCACAAGUACUGAGUGGUCGGUUCAUGUAUGGUCCUCUGGAUGUUGUGACUCUCACUGGGGAAAAGGUUGAUAUCUAUGUAAUGAGCCAGCCACCAGGAGGAAAGUGGAUCCAUUUUGGAACAGAGUUAACUAACAACAGUGGGCGUAUCUCCUUUGUCAUUCCAGAGGAGAAGCGACUUGGAAUAGGCAUGUAUCCUGUCCGCAUGGUUGUGCGAGGGGACCAUACUUACUCAGAAUGCAGUCUCACGGUUGUAUCCCCAGGCACGGAGUGUGUGGUAUUCAGCAUUGAUGGAUCCUUCGCUGCUAGUGUCUCCAUCAUGGGAAGUGAUCCCAAAGUGCGUGCUGGAGCUGUGGACAUUGUGAGACACUGGCAGGACCUGGGUUAUAUAAUAGUGUAUGUCACUGGUCGCCCUGACAUGCAGAAGCAGAAAGUGGUGGCAUGGCUGGCUCAGCACAACUUCCCGCAUGGAGUCGUGUCCUUCUGUGAUGGCCUAACACAUGACCCUCUACGCCAGAAGGCAGCAUUUCUACAAAGUCUGAUUCAAGAGGCAGAAAUGAAGAUCGAGGCAGCUUAUGGUUCAGCUAAGGAUGUCUCCGUUUACAGUUCAUUGGGGCUCGCUCCGAAUCAAGUUUACAUUGUGGGUCGUCCAUCUAAGAAGUUCCAAAAUCAUUGUCAGUUCCUUUCGGAAGGUUAUGUGGCCCAUCUUGCACAGCUGGAGAUCACAAAGCAUUCCCAUGCAAGCAAGAGUAGUAGUCGAUUUGUCAUGGGCAAAGUUAGCUUUGGACGCCCUGUUCAGACUGAAUUCCUGCGGAAGCAAAGUCAACUUUUCCGUUCCCGGCACCCAACAGCUCCAGACCGGAGUGCUAGCCAGCUGGAGAAGGACGGAGAAACUUGUAGUGGCAGUGGCAGUGGCAGCAGUGUGAAGUACAAGUCACGGAGUGUCAGUCUGAAGCUGGACAAUGACGUAUGAGGAGAAUAUCCGAUACACUUUGUGAGUGGAGCAUAGUUUUAAGGCUGUCAUCUGUGGGCUUUACUGCUACCAUCUGCAGACACUUCUGAACAGCUUCAGAGAAGGAAGCCGACGAAGUAAAGGGGCAGCAGUUUGAGUCACGUUUGUAGCUAAGGGCAGUAAUAGUGUCAGCACAAUCAUUUCAUGUGCCAUUACCAGUAUAAAAAAAUUAAAACAUUAACAGUUACA